AUUUACAAAAUAAAGACAAACAUUGAGUGAAUGUUUUGAUAAAUUUUGUGAACAUUUAAUGCCAUUUAAUAUCACUUGAAAUCAGUCUUAAAGUGUAAGACAUAUGAUAUGAGAUGUCAUUCAUAAGGUUGUGUACAACGAGACUGAUCGCUGGUCUUAACGGCGCCAGAAAUGGUCACCAAAUGUUGGGUAUCCAGUCAUUGGUCGUAAAUCAAUGUAAGACAAUGAUUGGCGUCGAGCGUAUGGAUCCCGAAGUGCUUAAGAAUAAGCGGAAGCCGUGGCCAUACAAGACUAAGCCGUACUAUACAUAUUGGCAUUACUUGCUUGAUCUGGACAUAACACCCGAACGAUUCGAUCAAAACACCAAAAUUGUGGUCAUUGAAGGCAAUAAGGCCUCGGGAAAGGAAGUGGUAGCUCAAGCACUGGCCAAAGAGUUUGGACUUCUUUAUCUGAAGGAACCGGAUCUCGAAGAAAUGUAUAUCAAUCACAACGGCUUUGAUUAUCGUUCUCUCAAUAAAUACAUCGAUGAAUUGGUUCAUGCGAUCGAUGAGAAAAUGUUUUACGAGAACCCGCACCACAAGGCUGUCCAAUGGCUUAAAAUGUUUUACUAUUACCAGAGAUUCGAGCAAUACAUCGACGCUUUGGUCCAUUUGUAUGCCACCGGACAGGGAAUCGUUUUAGAGAGAAGUCCUUACAGUGACUUUGUCUUUACCGAUGCUAUGCAUAAGUGUGGCUUUCUUAAUGACGACACGCGAGACUUUUACUUUCGACUUCGACACAACACUAUAUAUGAUUUACAAAGACCUCAUUUGGUUAUCUAUUUGGAUGUAUCACCAGAGGAAUGUCUUCGGCGAAUAAAAGCAAGAAAUAUUCCACACGAAGUAAACUCAAAGGUGUUAACUAAAGAAUAUUUGCAAGAAAUUGAAAAUCAAUACAAGAAACGCUAUUUACAAGAAGCGUCCCGUCAUUCAGAAGUUUUGAUUUAUGACUGGAAUAAAUACGGUGACAUCGAUGAUGUAGUGGAUGACAUCGAGAAAAUUAAAUUAGAUGAAUGGGAUCCACAUUUAGAGAAAUUUGAAGACUGGAACUUAUGGGAAGAGGACGAGUUUGAGUUUUUUAGGAAUUUAUAUACAAACAAAAAAUAUAAAUUAAUGCAAAAGUUAUCACUUAUGCCUGUAUAUGAUGUGCCCAGUCUUUGGGUCGACGAUGAAAUUGGUGAACACAGAGAUAAGAUUUACAAACAUAUGGUUCCCAACUAUGGUAUAACUCCAAGCUUUGAUCCGUCAAAGACAUCUUUAUUAACUCGAUUGCUUAGAUGGCGUAACACAUCCUAUAAAGAGGAUACGGAUUUUAACUGUAGAGGACCUUUCUAUUAGAUUAUUAUUAUUAUUAAUA